AUGGCUUGGCCCGCUGGCUUCUCUGUGGCCAAGGUCCGUUCCGAUCUGGCUGAGCCGAAACCAUUCCCCACCCGCACCCAAACCCAACCAACGGCCACCAUGGCAGCACCGCCGCCGCCGCCGCCGGCGCUCCCGGACGACGUCGUCGUCGAAGAGAUCCUCCUCCGCCUCCCGCCCGACGACCCAGGUUGUCUCUUCCGCGCCUCCCUCGUCUGCAAGGCCUGGAGGAACGCCGUCUCCCAUCCCCGCUUCCGCCGCCGCUACAUCGGGCUCCACCGCCACCGGGCACCCCCCGUGCUCGGCUUCCUCCACGACUGGGAAGACGGGGGCAUCCCAGACUUCUUCCCCACCACCGCCUCGCCCUUCUCCCUCGCCGCUCCAGACCGCCGGUUCUGGCGCCCCGUCGACUGCCGCCAUGGCCGCGCCCUCUUCCUCUCCGACCGCCGCCAGGAAACUCAGGAACUCCUCUUGUGGGAGCCAAUCACGGGCGCCCGUCGGGGCAUACCGGUGCCCGCGGCGUUCAGGUGCCAGUGGCCGGCCGCGGCAGUGUUCUGCACAGCGGACUGGUGCGACCACCGCGACUGUGCAGGAGGUCCCUUCGGCGUGGUCUUCCUCUUCGCCGGCGAACAAGACCGGCACGUUGUCACAUCGGCGUGCUUGUACUCGUCGGAGACUGGCACAUGGGGCAAGCUGAACUCGAGGCAAGAUGAGUUCACCAUGGAAUUUCAGAACCAUUCCAGCGUGCUGGUUGGGAGGUCUCUGCUCUACUUCCUGUCCGACGGUGGGACGAUCCUGGAGUACAAUUUGGACAGUGGUGUACUGGCUGUGUUGGAUAGACCACCUGACGAUUACGGCAGGGGCCGCCAAAGAUUUAACCUCAUGCUGGCGGAGGAUGGUGGACUGGGGGUUGCCGAAGCCAUUGAUUUUCAGCUCAUAUUGUGGAAAAGGGAGGCGAGUGAUGGCACUGAUGCACGAUGGGUGCUGAGCCGGAUCGUCGACAUGGACAGUUUCUUCGACCCAGUCACACUUGCUCCAGUGUUGGGCUUUGCGGAGGGAGCAAAUGCUAUUUUUGUGAAAAUUAUCUAUAGCCUCUUCAUGGUUGAGCUACAGUCGGAGCAGGCGAAAAUUGUGUGUUCUAGUCCUGGCUUCUGUAAUUUGAUUCCAGUUGUCGGCUUCUACACUCCACAUUCUAGGCUCCAAGUGCCCGGUGGUGAACACCACAGCCCAGCGCCGUGGCUGAAACAACUGGGAAGGGGUGGUCAGCAAGGGGUCUGGGAGGAGAAAUCACUAGAAUGGGCGCAGGUGCUGUUUGAUGAGGGGUGCAUGGCUAUCAAUGAGAAAGACUUGGCCUACACGGCUGACUGCUUCAGACAUGUUCUCGAGAUCAGGGUUCGACAUUAUGGAGGCCUUGCUCCUGAGUGUGCUAACACGUUUUACCAUUAUGGAGGUGCCUUGUUAUGCAAAGCUCGGGAGGCAGCCAAUCGUUCAGGGACAAACUUGCGUGGCAAAGGUCAGACGGAUGGGAACAUGACAGGCGAUGGAGAUGAUUCUGAUUUGGAUUUGGCCUGGAAAAUGUUGAAUACUGCAAGGGUGAUAGUUGCCAAGAGUCCAGAGAAGACAAUGGAGAAGGUUAAUAUAUUGAAUGCUCUAGCUGAAAUCUCCAUGACAAGAGAGGACAGAGACAAAUCAAUCGGUUACUACUUCGAAGCUUUAGCGAUCUUGGAACAUUUGGUUGGGCCUGACCAUUUUCGAAUUGUCGAUCUUUCUAGAAACCUCCGCAUAGGUUUGGCAUCCAAGGUUGGAGAUGCAAUCAGAUAUAGUAGAAAGGCUAUUUCAUUAUGCAUGUCGCAUAUACAUAAUCUGGAAAUUGCCAAGGAAGCUUUGUUGGCUGAUAAAGACCUUAGAGCAUCUGCUGCUAAAGGACACUCAGGAAAGUCGACUCUGGAAGAUGAUAUAUCUUACCUUGCUAGAAUGUCGUCUCGAGUCCAGAAGAAGUGUGAAGAACUGAAGCAAGCAAUGUCAACCCCAAGCGACGGCAUGGAUAAUAUUAUGAAGAGGGUGGUCUCGCAGGCAAGUCAUGAGCAGAAUCUUAAGAAUACUAUGGCAAGAACUGCAUCUUUGACUUGUUCACAGAUGACACGAUCAAACAACAGUUUCCAUUCCCCAACUAUGUCAACGGCAGCACCAAGAGGAAGCACUGGAAGUAGCGUAACCGACUUUGAGAUUGUUGGCAGAGACAUGAAACAAGCUAAAGAUGAGUCGAUCUCCUACGAACCUUCUCCAAAGAGACUUGCGAAACCAUUUUGGGCGUUACUGUAG